AUGAAAAAAAUCCUCUCUCUGGCUGGUAUCCUCCUGGUCCUGUGCUUUGUCAAGAGCAGCUGGCAGGUUCCUCUGCAGGAGGCUGAAGACAACUCAAGGUACGGAAGCAACUUCUCGACAAGUGAGAUUAUAUCUUAAAUCUAAAGGACCAUAGUAUUAGCAAUUUAUACCUAUCACAGAAUAAUGUUUAAAUCAGACUGGGUUACUAUUACAGAGCAGUUUAGAUACACUAAAAUACAGUAUUUGUCACAAAAGGAUGCAGCUGGAAAUUGAUAUCUGAAGAAAAUUAGACAACUUUCUCUGUAUGACAUCCAAAAGACUCAGAUUUAGGCAUAUUGAUCCAAAAGAAAUGAGUACAAAAAAUAAGAAUAUUAAGUUUUAUCACUCCUGAGAAAAUUACUAAAAGAGACAAUAUGUUUCUUGAGGUGAUUUAAAGAAAUUGGAGGCACAGUGAAGCUUAAAUUUGAGAGAAAUCAGAAGCUUGACAUGGUGCGUUUGAAAGUAUGAGCAGGUGUAAAACAAAUCUUGCCCUGUGUCGUGCAAUUUUUCACAAACUGAGUUCUUCAGCUGUGUUUCACCUCUCUCAGUUUGGAGGCAGAUGCCACGUUAGAGGAAGAGCCGAGGGAGCUGUCGAACAUGAAGAGACACUCGGAGGGAACUUUCUCAAACGACUACAGCAAAUACCUGGAGGACAGGAAGGCGCAGGACUUUGUCCGGUGGCUGAUGAGCAACAAGAGGAGCGGGUCAGUGCUGGAUCAAAAAAUUGUCUAAAGCUUUGGCUUAUUCAGAUUUGUUUUUCUUAUUAUUUAUCAAAAGACUAACAGUCGAAAAAACAGCUUUAACACAGAAGUGUUUGUGCUUUGUAUCAGCAAGCAGCUAAAAAGCAGAAGGACAGGAUUACAGCAAUCCUUCUAAAUUUUUCCAGAUUUGCAUUAUAUUCUCUGUAGUCAAGAACGAGGUGUCUCAAACACUAUAAAAUACACUAUAAAAUACUUUAUUUGUCUUGACUGGGUCUGUCUGUGUGUUUCAGUGCUGCAGAAAAGCGCCACGCAGAUGGGACCUUCACCAGCGAUGUCAGCUCCUACCUCCAAGACCAGGCCAUCAAGGAUUUUGUCGCCAGGCUCAAGUCCGGACAAGUCAGAAGAGAGUAGGCUGCCCCUCCUUCCUCCUCCUCCUCCUACAGCCCCCAAAAUCCAGCAACCUUCCUGCAUAUCUUCCUUUAUCUGAUUCCACAGCGACCUGAGAGAUAAAGAGCCAAUCAACUGCUUCUCCUACCCCUCUCUUAUUUUGCUUUCUUUGCUUUGUUUUCUCCAUGUUUCUCGUGUUUGUGCCAAAAUAAAUCAACUGAACUUUUCACACGGUGUUGAAAAAUGAUUGAUAUGAUUACGUUGAUGCAAAAAAAACUUGGAAGUGACAAAGAACCAAUCAAGAAAUGAUCACAGCAAGAGCAUUUCUGCACCAAUCACAAGGAUGAAAAUGAUCAUUUUCUGCUGCAUCUCAGGUAAAUAUCAAAGUUCAAAUCAGGGGUUUCUACUCGGUGGGUUUACUGACACUUUGCGGUUAGUGUUUACAUUGUGUGUUUGUGUACACAGACCUGAAACAGAAAGGCACGGUGAAGAGCUGAGCAGGAGGCAUGUAGAUGGAAGCUUCACCAGUGAUGUGAACAAGGUGCUGGACUCCAUGGCCGCCAAGGAAUAUUUACUUUGGGUCAUGACCUCCAAGCCUUCAGGGGAGAGGUAGCAACAAGUCAUGUGACUCUAAUUGUAAAUGCAAGAAGUGAUCCACUUUGCAUGACUGAAUCUUCUCUGUUUUGCAGCCAGAAGAGACAAGAGGACCAGUGA